AUCAAAAUGCGGUGGAGUGAAGCAGUGACUCUAGAAUUCGUGAAGAUUUAUAUAAAGCAUGAAUGUCUUUGGAACCCCGCACAUCCCGGCUACAAACUAAGAUACCAGAGGGAAAAGGCCUACUCAGAAAUAAGUACAGAAUUCAUGACUACCAAGUCAAUGACGGUUCCUGAAGUUAAGAUGAAGAUUAAGAACUUGAGAACUACUUACGCACAACAAGUACACAAGAUACUGCAAAAGUCUAGUCCUGACUCCAUUUACGAGCCCUCCCUGGUCUGGUUUCAUGAAAUGGAUCGUUGUUUGAAGCAUAUACCUAGUAGCCGACAUUCUACUUCAUAUAAUUCACAAGAAAGUCUAGACAUAGACUCUUCGUGCCAAAUCUGGGUUGAUCAAGAAAGUGAAAGUGCCAACUUAGAUGAAGCUAACCCAGACCCCCUCGUGCCACAAACUGAUGAUGAAUAUGACUCAAUCAAACCUGAUGAACCGAUCUCUAAAGUUAAACUUGAAAGACAGACUUCCCCAGUCUAUUACAAGAAAAUGAAAAAGAAAAAAGUCAAACACCGUCUUCCUAUUAGAAAUUAUUCAUCCGAUUCAGUUUCAGAAUGUUCAAAAGAUGAUGAAUUUGAUAUCUAUGGCAAAUACAUUGCUUCUCAACUGAGAAAAAUGGAUUUACAUAAAGCAUUAAGACUUCAGUUGGAGAUACAAAACCUUGUUAGUGAAGCCAGGAUCUCAGAUAUAGUGUCAAGUGAUUUAGAAAAUAACACAAAUAAAAUGAGGUGGAGUGAAAAUGAAACAUAUCAAUUCGUUAAAAUAUAUCUAAAUCACGAAUUCUUAUGGAAUUCGGAGCACACAAACUACAGACUAAAAAGUAAAAGGCUGAAAGCUUACCGAGAUAUAAUCGCAGAAUUAAACGAAACAACAGGCAUCUUGCUAAACGAAACCGAAUUAAAAAUGAAAAUUAAGAAUCUAAGGUCCACGUAUUCGCAAGAGAUUGCUAAAAUAAAGCAACGCUCCGGCCCGGAAUGGACGUAUAAACCGAACAUGAAAUGGUUUAGCGAAUGGCAUAAAUGUUUCGGCGCUUUGAAGAAAAAUACAGAUGAUUCCUCGUUUGAAAAUCAUCAAGAUUCAGCAGACGACCCAUGCCAAAAAAUAUGGUUGUCACCAAAUGAAGACAACAUUGAGGAUGAAACUUUGGAUCCGUUUCCAGAAGCAGAUGAUGAAUAUAACCUUAUUCUAAAAACAGAACCUCGGGAAGUAUCCCAUAUCGAAAGAUAUCAAAGUAAAAAGAAAAAAAUAAAGCACAGAAGGCCAAGUACAAACUAUUCUGAUAGAACCUUCAGGGAAAGCAUAGACUCUACAGACACUGCAUCAAAAGAGGAUGAAUUUGAUAUCUAUGGGAAAUAUAUAGCAUCUCAGUUGAGGAAAAUGGAUCUGCAGAAAGCUUUGAGGGUGCAGCUUGAGAUACAGAGCCUAGUGAGUGAAGCCAGACUGUCAGGACUUAAUGGGAAACAUUAAACAGUUAAUAAGCCGGUACAGUUAAAAAACCAAUGUUCAUGGACACAAUUUGAUUUGCAAACAGUUUUACCCAAGACUUGUGGUCUCUUUGUUACAGUGUUAAGUACAUGUGAUAAGGCCUUUUUAGUUUCUAGUCUGAACAAUCACCAUUUUUAUUUAAUUGAAUGCUGGUAUGUUGAAAUUCAAAUUGUAUUCAUCAAUUUUGUUACUGGCAAUACUUAAGUACCAAAUGUAAAUACAUUUAAUUGAAAGUACAACACUUGUUUAUAAAUUGUGACUUUCUAGCAAUUUCUAAACUUUGGUUUAAAUCCUAUAUUUUUAAGGGGUUUUGUAUAUAAGAUUGUCUGAUGUACUAUGGUUAAGGAAAUAAGUUUCUCAAUAAAUAACUGUGAAAGUGUUCAAAGUAAACACCA